UCGGUGCUGAAACAAGACCCAGUAAAUAACGCAAUGCUGUUUGAAUGAACCGAACCUCAUGCUUACCGUCACUUCUCACGCGGCAAUUUAACACGGUCUGUUUAGUUGGAGAUUCUUUGUCUUGGUUUUUGGUUCUAUAUGGAGAGUGCUGCACUCACAACCUGCUGCAAGUCGGAUAGGACUGAAAUUCUAUGCGGGUCAUUAUUUUCGUGGCUGACCACGUCGUAUAAAUGCCCUAAAUGCCUAGAACAGAGAAGACGCUUGGAACUUCCAAUGUGAUGCAUCUGUACAAGAAGAAAAUUACUCGACUAAGAUGGGUAAUAAGCAAACGAUAUUUACUGAUGAACAGCUAGAUGCUUACCAGGACUGCACAUUCUUCACACGUAAGGAAAUACUUCGGCUCCAUGGCAGAUACCAUGAGCUGGCUCCACAUCUCGUGCCCUUGGACUACACCAAUGAUCCAGACGUGAAAGUUCCUUUAGCCCUCAUAGUCAACAUGCCAGAGCUAAAGGAAAAUCCGUUCCGGAACCGGAUAGUGGAGUCCUUCUCCGAGGACGGCCUGGGGAACCUCAGCUUCAACGACUUUGUGGACAUGUUCUCAGUGCUCAGUGAAAUGGCUCCUCGAGAGCUGAAGGCCAUUUAUGCUUUUAAAAUCUACGAUUUCAAUGUGGACAACUUUAUCUGUAAGGAGGACUUGGAGAAGACACUGAACAAGCUGACAAAGGAGGAGUUGACACCUGAGGAGGUCACCCUGGUAUGCGAGAAGGCCAUCGAGGAAUCCGACCUGGAUGGAGAUAACAAGCUGUCCUUCGCCGACUUUGAGAACAUGAUCUCAAGGGCUCCUGAGUUUUUAAGCACCUUUCAUAUAAGAAUCUAAUUUGAGAGGGCUCUAAUGGAGGAUUCAGAAACUGACGUGCAGUCGCACCCCUGGUCCCUAUCCUGGUUCUACCCCUGGUCGCCAUGGCGGCGCUACCUUGAACACUUCCUGACCACGCAGCUUAGUGCCUGUCUUGUCACAGCUCGGGAGGGCUCGGGUACGUUUCCUUGGAAACACUUUGAAGAGACAGGCAACUGUUUGCCACACCCUGGAUCUCUUAGUCUUUCUACUCUCUGCUGUUGGUUCCCAAUGAAGCACAUGUUACUUAACGGAGCAGAGCAGAGAGCCGUGUGCAUGAUUGUUUUGUUUUGUUUUUCUGGAGGAGAGAUGAAACAGCGGCUGACAGACACUGAGGCCAACAAGGAAGAUUGGCUCUGAGAGGUCUCGUUUGGUUCCUCACAUCGACGUCUCAGCUGACGAGAAAGGAUGUUUAAACAGUGUAACGGCUGCAUCUUUGGAUAUAUUGUUUCCCCUCCCUGUACAUUGUACAUUUUCUCAAUGUCUGCAGCACAUUGGAAAUAUGGAACGAACGGAAAAUGGAUUCUCUGUUUUUCUCCAAUGACUUGUUCAAUGUUCACCUCCUUCUGGGAUUAAAUAAAACUCAAUGUUUUCUGGAGAGCCUGAGGAGACGAAGAUGAAAGGACAGAGAAAGAAAGAGAGAAAGAAAGAAAGAGAAACAAAAGAAAAACAUAAGAGACAGAGGACGCAAGAGGGCUAAAAGCACAGCACUGGCAUCAAGGUCACACAAAGACAGUGUUUUUUAAAAGCUAUGCAAUCUUUCUCCAUGAAGUGCAUGCUUUAGACCCUAACCCCCCC